GCUUCUCCUGGCAGCACCUAAUUCAAGGAUCACCUGGUCCCAGAAUCAUCUAAUCCCAGGAGAACCUGUUCCUGGCAGCACCUGAUCUUGGAAAAUUGCAGCUGGCAGAGGUGAGAGGAGAGGAGAAGCUCAUCCUGGGAUCCCCCACUCCUGCCACCUGCUGCCAAUUCCAGGGUCCCUCCCGCUGCACUUCGGGGUCUCCCUGUGUUCUCCUGCCAUGGCUGAGCCCUCUGGGGCUGGGGACAGCAUCCCAUUGGAAUGCCCUGGCCUGGACACGGCCGCUGGGGAGGAAUUCCUGCAGGAAGUGUUCCAGAUCCUGCUGGAGGAGGGCGUGCGGAAGAGCACAGAUGUGACACAGAAGGUGUGUGACUGGAAGGAGCCGCAGGAGCUGCGGGACCUGCUGGAUCUGGAGCUGCGGAGCGACGGGGAGGGGCGGGAGCAGCUCCUGCAGCGCUGCCGGGAUGUGCUGCGCUUCAGCGUCCGCACCGGGACCCCUAGAUUUUUCAACCAGCUUUUCUCGGGGCUGGACCACCACGCCCUCGCUGGCAGGUUCCUCACUGAAACCCUCAACACGAGCCCGUACACAUACGAAGUGGCCCCAGUGCUGGUGCUGAUGGAGGAGCAGGUCCUGGCCAAGCUCCGGGAGCUCGUGGGGUGGAGCAGCGGCGAUGGCAUCUUCGCUCCCGGGGGCUCUAUGUCCAACAUGUUGGCCAUGAACGUGGCGCGAUUCCGGCGUUUCCCGGAGAGCCGCAGCAGAGGGAACUGGGACCUGCCUCGCCUGGGCCUGUUUGCAUCCCAGGAGAGCCAUUACUCCAUCCUAAAAGGAGCUGCUCUCCUGGGAAUUGGCACGGACAAUGUUCACCUGGUGCGGACAGAUGAGAGGGGGAAGAUGAUCCCGGAAGAACUGGAGGAGGAGAUCAAGAAGGUGAAAGCUGAGGGCUCGGAGCCCCUCUUUGUGUGUGCCACGAGUGGCACCACUGUCCUGGGCGCCUUCGACCCGCUGGACGCCAUCGCUGACGUCUGUGCCCGCCACGGGCUGUGGCUGCAUGUGGACGCAGCAUGGGGGGGCAGCGCCCUCCUGUCCCCCCGACUGCGUCAUCUCCUUGCCGGCAUCCACAGAGCUGACUCAGUGACCUGGAACCCCCACAAGCUGUUGAUGGUGGGGUUGCAGUGCUCAGCAUUCCUGCUCCGUGACAGCUCCGGGCUCCUGCAGUGCUGCCAUGGCGUGGGGACCUCAUACCUGUUCCAGCGGGACAAGUUCUACGACGUGUCCCUGGACACAGGGGACAAGAGCCCUCAGUGCGGCCGCCGCGCCGACGGCCUCAAGCUCUGGAUCCUCUGGAAAGCCGUGGGGACCCAGGGGCUGGCACAGCGUGUGGAGCGGGCGUUCGGUGCCUCUCGGUAUCUGUUGGAGCAGGUGAAGAGGAGGGAGCGAUUCCAGCUGGUGAUGGAGCCAGAAUUUAUCAACCUCUGCUUCUGGUUCAUCCCACCCAGCCUGCGGGGCCAGGAGAACUCCCCGCAAUUCUGGGACAAACCGGGAAAGGUGGCCCCAGCCAUCAAGGAAAAGAUGAUCCGGAGGGGCUCCAUGAUGGUGGGAUACCAACCCCAAGGAUCCCACGUCAACUUCUUCCGGCAGAUUAUCACCAAUCCUGCUGUCACCCGCCAGGACCUGGACUUCUUCCUGGAUGAGAUACAGGAAUUGGGAUGGGAUCUGUGAGCAGUCCCAAAAACCCCAGUGAAAGACCCCAAAACCUUCCCCCCAUCCCGGAGGAAGAGGAGCAGAUCCUUGAUUUCCUCCCGUCAUCCCAAAUUGGAAAUGACCCCAAAACUCCACACUCAUGGAAUAAAACUCCAUUUAAUGGUCUUGAUCUGAUAAUAAUUUGAUAUAACCCCACCCUCAAAAUAGGGUUUGGGGUGUAGGGGGUCCCAUAAUUCCCCUGGAAGCUCCAGAGGAGGUUGUGGAUUCUGGGAUCAGCAUGUAGUGGCCUUGUGACUCUCCUGACAUUCCCAUGGCUUCUUGAAGUUCCAGAGGCUGGAAUUUGUAGGGAAGAGGAUCUGUUAGCACGCAAAAAACUCUUGGGAAAGUACUGCAAAACCUGCUGUGUCCAUCCCUGAGGAAAUGGAGCAGAGCCUGGACUUCCUUCUGGGAUCUUUAAAUCAGGAGUAAAGAUGGAUGUUCUCGGCACUUGAUCCUAAAACUCAGCACUCAUUGAAUAAAAGAGCAUUUAUUGGUCUCAAUUUUUUAUGAAUUUGAUAUCACACUCCCCUCCCCCAGGAAGGGAGUUUGGGGGCCCCUCAAUUCCCCUGGAGGCUCCGGAGGAAGUUGAGGAUUUCGGGAUCAAGGUGGGCAUCCUCAAGGCAGGCUAGGAGCUGGGACGCCGUGGCUUCCUCUCGCUGACGCCGCUGCCAAUCCCGCAGCAUCUCGAAACUCCUCAUAGUGGAAUUGUUUGGAUUUUCCUCCUGGAUCUGGUCCAGCCGGCUCUGCUCCAGCCCUAGAUGCAGAAUUCCCACCUGCUUCCACUCUUUUCCCAAUUUUUUGGCGACUCUCAA